CUGGCUCAGAAGUCUCACUUUCUCUUCCUGUUUCCCGUCAUGGCGCAGGAUCAAGGGGAGAAGGAGAACCCCAUGCGGGAACUUCGCAUCCGCAAGCUCUGCCUCAACAUCUGCGUGGGGGAGAGCGGAGACAGGCUGACCCGGGCAGCCAAGGUGCUGGAGCAGCUCACAGGCCAGACCCCUGUGUUCUCCAAAGCUAGAUACACCGUCAGAUCCUUUGGCAUCAGAAGAAAUGAAAAAAUUGCUGUCCACUGCACAGUCCGUGGGGCCAAGGCAGAAGAAAUCCUGGAGAAAGGUCUGAAGGUGCGAGAGUAUGAGUUAAGAAAAAAUAACUUCUCAGACACUGGAAACUUUGGCUUUGGGAUCCAAGAACACAUCGAUCUGGGGAUCAAAUAUGACCCAAGCAUUGGUAUCUACGGCCUGGACUUCUAUGUGGUGCUGGGUAGGCCAGGUUUCAGCAUCGCAGACAAGAAGCGCAGGACAGGCUGCAUUGGGGCCAAACACAGAAUCAGCAAAGAGGAGGCCAUGCGCUGGUUCCAGCAGAAGUAUGAUGGGAUCAUCCUUCCUGGCAAGUAAAUUCCUGUUUCUAUCCAAAAGGCUAAUAAAAAGUUUUCAGUGAAAUGUA